CAGGGACCGUUGUUGUCACCGGAGCUGCUGCUGCGGCCGCCUCGCCGGGCCCCAGACCCGGCCCGCUCCCCGCUGCAGUCAGCGCUGGGCCCCGGCCCCGGCUUCGCUCCUUACAGCCCCAGGCGGCGGGCUCAGGAUCUGAGAAACCAGCCAGGCCCCUAGCGCGUGUGCGGCCCCAGGGCCCCGAUCCCACCUGAAGUCAUGGCAAGCAGCGUCUGCUCCGCCUGCCGCCCAGAUCCCCAGCCCGCCGGGGAACCUGCCUCGCCCCUCCCCGGGCAGGGGGCAUUGCGGGGAACCUGCUUGUCUUGGGCAGGUUGCUCUGCUGAUGUGAGCCGGGCGGUUUGCUUAGCUGGGCCCCGCAGACCCCUUGCCCAGCUGCACGUCAGACUCAUCCACGGCAGCUGCCGAGCCCCCUUGGAAUUACGAGCCAAGCCAGAAGCGGGCCGGCGUGUCCACGAAACCCCAGAGUAUAUCCCUACACGGAAAGCCAAGAACCCCAUGAAGAUGGUCGGUGUGGCCUGGGCCAUCGGCUUCCCCUCCGGCAUCAUCCUCUUCCUCCUGACCAAGCGCGAAGUGGACAAAAACCGCCUGAAGCAGCUAAAGGCUCGUCAGAAGAUGAAGGCGUCCAACGUGGGGGAGUACGACAGAGUGCGGUACAGGACGACCUCACUGGCACCAGAGGACGUGGCCGACACCAAAGCCUAGUCUUGGAACGCAGAGCCAAGGGACUUGGAGGCAAAUCCGCUUGAUGCCGCAGAAUGAGAAACACUAUCCCAGGGAUUGGUCUUAGGUGCCAACAGCCCAUCUGUUUGAGAGUCAGUCCUUUGCGGGGUCAUGCUGUUUCUGCCCAAAUCACUCUACCCUCCUCCACUUUCUCACGUUGCCUCUGUACAUUGCAUACAGCUGGUGUGGGUCAGAAGUGAGAUCCUAAAUAAACCCUGCCCCUGUGCAGUUGUAACCUCAAGGGGCACAACAGGAAGGGGAUGUUGCACCAA